GCCGGGCACGGAGACUCUGGAAGAAUGAGCGCGACCGCAGUGGCGGCCUGGGGCCCCUGGAGUGGGCGAUGCCCUCGCGCGGCGGGGGCGAGCGGGAGACCGGCUCUCGGCGCUCGAGGAUCCACACCCCAGCUCCGCCCCGGGCCUGGGCCGCUCGCCCGCAGGUUGGGAGAGGCUGUGGUGACGGUGCGAGUGGAGGAGGGCUGUGGGGUGCCCAGCAUGGAUGGCUACUUGGUCCUAAGAGUAAUUGGAGAGGGCUCAUUCGGCAGAGCCCUUUUGGUUCAGCAAGAGAACAGUAAUCAGACGUUUGCCAUGAAGGAAAUAAGGCUUCCCAAGUCUUUCUCUGGUACACGGAAUUCUAGGAAGGAGGCUGUUCUGUUAGCCAAAAUGAAACACCCCAAUAUUGUUGCCUUUAAAGAAUCAUUUGAAGCUGAGGGACACCUGUAUAUUGUGAUGGAGUAUUGUGACGGAGGGGACCUCAUGCAAAAGAUUAAGCAUCAGAAAGGAAAGUUGUUUCCUGAAGAUAUGAUACUUAAUUGGUUUACACAAAUGUGCCUUGGAGUAAAUCACAUUCACAAGAAACGCGUGUUACACAGAGAUAUCAAGUCCAAGAAUAUCUUCCUCACCCAAAAUGGAAGAGUAAAACUGGGAGAUUUUGGAUCUGCCCGUCUUCUCUCCAGUCCUAUGGCGUUUGCUUGUACAUAUGUGGGAACACCUUAUUAUGUGCCCCCAGAAAUUUGGGAAAACAUGCCUUAUAACAAUAAAAGUGACAUCUGGUCCUUGGGAUGCAUUCUGUAUGAACUCUGUACCCUUAAGCAUCCAUUUCAGGCAAAUAGCUGGAAAAGUCUUAUUCUCAAAAUAUGUCAGGGGUCCCUGAGGCCACUGCCUUCUCAGUACUCCUGUGAGCUGCAGCAUCUGAUCAAGCAGAUGUUUAAGAGGAACCCCUCACAUCGCCCUUCUGCUACAACACUUCUCUCUAGAAGUUCCUUGGCUCGACUUGUCCGCCAGUGCUUACCCCCAGAGAUCAUCACAGAAUAUGGUGAACAGGUAUUAGAAGAAACCAAAAAUUCCAAGCAUAGUACAUCAAGAAAAAAAACAGACUCCAGCAGAAUCAGGAUAGCUUUGGAAAAUGAGGCAACCACAAUGCAAGGGGAAGAACAAGGUAGAAAGUACAGCGACACUGAUUUAGAAAGCAUUCAUAAAAAUUCAAUCGAAAGUGCACUGAGGAGAGUAAAUGAAGAGAAAGAUAAAUCAGUCCAUCCGAAGAAAGCCAGUUCACCAAGUCCUCUCAGGCGACAGUGGGAGAAAAAUGUGCCCAACACAGCUCUCACGGCUCUGGAAAAUGCAGCCAUCCUCGCCUCCAGUUUAGGGGCCGGGGAUGACAGAGGUGGUUCUGUAAUAAAGUACAGUGAAAAUAGCACCCGUAAGCAGUGGCUCAAAGAGACUCCAGAAACUUUGAUGAACAUCCUCAAGAAUGCUGAUCUCAGCCUGGCGUUUCAAACAUACACAAUAUAUAGACCAGGCUCAGAAGAGUUCUUGAAGGGCCCCCUCUCUGAAGAAACAGAAGCAUCAGACAGUGUGGAUGGAGGCCACGAUUCUGUCACUUUGGACCCAGAGAGACUGGAGCCUAGAUUGGAUGCAGAGGACACGGAUUUUGAGGAGGACGACGACAGCCUUGACUGGGUGUCAGAACUGAAGCAGCGAGCUGGCUGGCCAGGAGUGUCUGAUGGAAUGAAGAGGGGGAAACUGAAUAUUUAAAACUGUUCCUGAUCAGUGUCACAAGGUUUAAAAUAUCUGUAACUCUCGAGUUUUUGAACUCAAAGAGAAGGCGUGAACGAAUGGCUCUGAGUUUCAGGCUUGCAGUCAGAACAGAAAUGGGAUGCUGCUGCUUACAUUUUGUGUGAUUGUGGGAGAUUAUUUAACCUCUUGGAGCCCCAGUGUCCACAACUCUAAAACGAGGAUAAUAAUGCCUUCCUCAUAGGGACGCUGAACAUAGACCAUGGCCACGGCCCAUAAUGUUAUUUCUGCGAUUGUUAUGAUUUGUGUUUAAUUGCUGCACAACUCUUUUUACAUUUCCUAAAGGUUUGAGGAUCAAAAUAAAUUUAAUUAGACCAUAA